AGAGUGACACAGCAAAUAUGGCUGCUAACGUAUCGCAGUCUGAGGAGGCUUGCACUUGCCCGGUGUGCGGGGACAUAUUCCAAGACCCCGUGGUCCUGCUGUGUGGACACAGCUUCUGUGCGCCCUGUCUUCAGGAGUGGUGGAGACAGAGCGACGUCCGGAGGUGUCCGGUCUGCAUGGAGAUCUCGACGGUGGCUCGGCCCGCUCGUAAUUUUGCGCUGAGGGACCUGUCAGACAUCGUGAGGCAGGAGGCGAGUCAGAGAGAGACGUCCGGAGCUCAGGAUCGGUGCGAGCUGCACAACGAGAAACUCCAGCUCUUCUGUCGGGACGAUCAGCAGCUCAUCUGUCUGGUUUGUAGAUAUGCACAAAAACACGAGAAGCACAACUUUGCCCCCAUCAGUGAAGCAGCAGCGGAGCAAAGGAUCAAUAUCAGGACUCAGCUGAUGUGUUUAAAUUCCAAGCUGGGAUCAUUGAAAGCACAUCAGCUCAACUGUAAUAAAAUGGCCAGUGACAUCAAGCUCCAGGCUCAGCAGACGGAGACGACAAUCAAAGAGGAGUUUCAGAAGCUUUAUGAGUUCCUGAGAAUGAAGGAGGCUGACAGGAUUGAUGCACUGAGGAAGGAGGCGGCGCUCAAAAGUGACACACUGAACAACAGGAUUGUUACUGUGAAUGAGAAGAUCGCUUUGCUCGCAGAAAGGAUUGAUAUUAUAAAUCAUGAGCUUAAAGCUGAGGACCUGGCAUUCAUGCUGAAUGUCAAGUCCACUUUGGAGCGAUCACAGUGCACUGUGCAAGAGCCAGAGACUCCACCUGGAGGCCUGAUCGAUGAGGCUGAACAUGUCGGGAACCUGCUGUUCAAAGUGUGGGACCAGAUGAAGAAUAUAAUCAAAUACACCCCUGUAACUCUGGACCCAAACACUGCUUAUGGAGCUCCUUCAUCACCAUUGAUCAUACCGAAUCCAGGUCCCAGACACCAGAGGCACCGCUUGUGUUGGGGUGCUCCCACGACAGACAGGGACAUAUGACGUGUGCGCUGCGCUCAGAGGUGACGCUAGGUUGUCCGACACUGCAGACAGGGAGGAGGAACCAGCAGUGACUCCCCAGGAGGCGCCGCUGGUUCCCGAAUUACACUCCAUGGAAGAUUUUCCACUCGAACAGUCUCGUGAUGACACUCUACACUCAGCCUUUGAUCAAGUUAUACAAAUUGAUGGUUGCAUGGUGCGCCCUGACGCUGCGCAGACGUUCCCAUAUUUUCAUUGAUCAGGGACAGGCUAUACCAAGUGAGUCGUGAAACUCAGAUAGGAGGAGAAACCUCCCAGUUGCUGGUGCCUAAAAGCCGUCGGAUAUGGUUUUCCAGCCGGCUCAUUUUAACCCAAUGGCUGGUAACCUGGGGUAUGAUAAAACACUAAGCCGGAUAAUGACCCGAUUCUAUUGGUCUGGCAUUCGCGGGGAGGUGCGCCGAUGGUGCGCGACUUGCCGUGAAUGUCAACUGGUGAACCAACCAGCCAUUCCGAGAGCUCCAUUGCGCCCGCUACCAUUAAUGGAGGUUCCAUUUGAGCGCAUUGGUAUGGACCUCAUAUAACUCCCAGUAAUGCAUAGAGUUCCCUUAGUGUUCGUGACAUAAACGAGGUGCCUUGGUCAGUCAGGAUCUCUUUUGGGAUCCCGACUCGGGAGAUGACCUGAAACAGUGCCUGCGCAACACUCUUUACAGAAAUGCUGCGCAGCGGCACUGCCUCUGGAUGGUCAGCGUUGGCUAAAGGACGGAGGGAGUGGAGAUGGGUUUCUGGGAUCGGUGCCAGGGAGAGAGUCUUAUUGUACACAGGUGUUCCAGUUCAACUAAUUACUCUCUCCCCUUUAUCAGCAGAAGCGCGCGGGGACUCGUGACAAGCAUCGCCAGGAGCCAGGUUACUCCCGGACGCCGAAUGCUAGGAUGCCUCGACCCUUAUUUUGCUCAUUAAGAAAGUGAUCUAUGUUUGUAUUUAUAAAACUUGCUUACUGCAUUUUAACGCAAUUGUCUGUGGCAGCAGUGCAGUGCAUAAUAUUCUGCAAUCAGAAGCUUCAGUAUUUGUCAACAGCAAACAUCAGAAAAAAUCGGAUCUCAGUGAGUUGGACUGUGGGGUGAUUGUUGGUGCCAGACAGGCUGCAUGUUUGAGUAUUUCCAAAACCCAUCUCCUUGGACUUUCACACGCGUGUUGGGUUUAUUCAGAAAAGUGCGAAAAACUAAAAACCUCCAGCGAUGAUGUUCCACUGUUGAAGGAAACAACUUGUUGAUGAGAGAGGUAAAUGAUGGUCAGACUGGUUGGAGCUGACAGAGGAGGCUAUGGUACCUCAGAGAACCACUCUUUAUGUGUGUGGUGCGGAGGAAAGCAUCUCAAACGGUUGAACCUUGAGGUGGACUGGCUACAGCAGAAGAAGACCAUGUUGGGGCAGUGGGCUCAAAACCUGAAUAUCAUAGCUCGGUCUGAUGAAUCUGGAUUUCUGCGGAGGCAAAGCAUGAACCCAAGGACCCAAAGUGAGUCAGGGUAGAAUGGACACCAACAAUCUGACAAUCACACAGUAUCCAUGCUCCAAUGCAUACUUUGAUUUAUCGGCUAUUUGACUCUAAAAGGGGACAGUAGUUUACUGAAUGAACAUGUUGCUGCAUCAAAGAGGACAUGAAGAUAGCAAUUGUACAGUGGCGGAGAGGUCAAGUAUCAGGCACUUGCAUGUUGACUCCCCUUUCUUGACACGGAGUCUACAACCAUUUAAAUGUACAGUCCAUGUUUCCAACAUGAUGCAUGUCACAAAGCUGAAGUCGCUUCAAACCAGUUUCAUGAACAUGACAAUGACUGUAUGUUAGUCCUCAUACAACUGUGUAAUGAAAAAUACGGCUAAAUAUAUUGAUCUGCUUGAGGUUUGAACGUUUGAGUUUUUGAAGUAACCUUUGGUUUACAUUUAUUGUUAUGGUCUGAAGGCUAAUGCAAUGACUUAUAUCAUGUACAUGUCUCAUUUACUUUGGGGUUUCCUGCCUCAUUUGUUGUAUAUCUGUUGGAAAUAAAAUACACUGAAAACAAACAAAUAAACAAUAUGCAGCUCUGA